AGAUGUCUGCUGCUGCUAUCCCAACCACAGGAGGUAAAGAACCUGAUUUAUUAGGAGUGGUUGAUGAAGCUGUUCAAAGAGCACUUGAAGUGCCAGUGGAAGAGAAAGGGAGACUGUCAACAGAGGCUGCUGCACAAAGUAUUGAGAAGGGAAAAGAAAAGAGAGGAAGACAAGAAAAAACAACUUCAGAUAUCGAAGUUCCUCCUCAAGGAGUUUCGAUUGAUAGCCAGCUCAUAUCCCUACCCAACCGGGGCAAUGCCACCUAUCCUGGAACUCCUUGAUGCUCAGAUGUCUAUGGUGCCAGUCGAGAAUCAAGGUCUGCUUUUCUUCCAGAGUUCGCGAGUCUGGGAGAAAGUUGAGUCCAUGGAAGCUUUUCAACUACUGCCACAAAGACCACAUUUUAGUACCCUAGAUCAGUAUAAUGAAGAGUUGCGUGAAGGACUGGCUAUAGGGUACAUGGUGGCCUUUGCAAACUUGGUGGAGAAGACGUGCAAAUCACAACUUGAUGACCCAAGGAGCAGGCUAGAAAACAAACUGAAGGCUCUUGUAGAACUGGAAACUCUUGGAUUUCAAGCUAAUCCAGUGAAGGCUCGACUGCAGGAGUUGCUAGACAUUAAAGAUAGGCAAGUGAAGCUCAAGGAACAUUCAAGGGCAGUUGAAUGUCAGAUAGGUGAGAAGAAGCAUGUGAGCAGUACAAUUGAUGCUGAAACUGAUGAGAUAGAUAAAAAGAUGAAGGAGCUACAACAAUCUCUAACCAUGCUGAACAAGAAAAGGGCAUCUGUGAUGGCACAGAAGGAGAUCAAAUGUUCCAAUAUUGAUGCAAUGGAAAGGGAGGUGGAUCUGAUAAAGAAAAAGGUUCUGAAAGGUAAACUUGAAUUUGAUCACGCAAUAGCUACUUCUUGGUGA